CCUUUUUCGUGGUAUCCAAUCGCUAGUAAUUACUAUCUUGUCUCAUCGCUACAACUCCCGUACGGGCUCGGGAGAGACGAAGGUCGAAAGUCAUGCGUCCUCCGAAGCACAACCCAACCAAGCCGCACUGCUUCUUUAACACAGCGCGCCUCCAACCCGGAAGCCAGCCGCACCAAUGUGUCGGAGGAAACACCGUGCACCUGGCCCACUUGGUUAGCACGCACUGCGCCCAGCCCGCCACAGGAGUCUCUGGAGCGCGAUGAGACAAGGAAAUCCCUACCGGCCAAACCCUCCCUUACCCGGACGACGCUAGCCCAAUUGUGUGUCGCCCCACGGACCUCCCGGUCGCGGCCGGCUGCGACAGAGCCUGGGGGCGAACCCAGAGACUCUGGAGACUCUUAGCACUGCUCUAGACCACUGCGCCACCCGGGAGGCGAUCAAAACAAUUUUGACGCGUGGAUUCCGAUUGGUCAGACCAGCGUUGAAUAGUCCUUAGCACAGGUACUUCCUGUUUAAGAUUCUGCCUAUAGGAAGAGAGGAGCAAAAUGGAGUCAUGAUCUGAUUUGCCAAAGAGAGGGUGGGGGAGGGCCUUGUAGGCAUCCCAGAAGUUGGAGUAGCAGUGGUCGAGUGUUUUAGCAGCACGAGUACUACAGUCAAUGUGUUGAUAGAACUUCGCUAGCGGCCUCAGGAUAUGUGGUUUCCAGUUUGCACAAAGUCCAGUGUAGAUCCUUGAGGGCCGUUGUGGUAUCGGCUUGAGGGAGAAUAUACAUUCACACUUGUGUCGGGCUGCAUCACAGCCUGUUACAGCAAGGUGCUAAAGAGGGUGGUACUGCUCAACCGAACGUACCAUUGGGUACACACUGCCUAUCCCCAACCCCACCCCAAUGUACAUUAAUCAUUGUUGACCUCCACACAGAACAUGGCCACGUGGUCUGCUUAUCUCGCGUGGACAGAUUUGGGGUGGAGUAAUGUCGCGUUCCAACGCUAGUCGGGAACUAGGAAACUCGGAAAUGUCCGACUUGCUAAAUGGUUGUAGUUAUACCGUGCCGCGUUUACCAGUUGGCAAGUCAGACAUUUCCCGAGGUUCCGAGUUUCCUAGUUCUAGUACGUGAACGUGGCACAAAUCCUUUUGCUUCGCCUCUUCCCUCGACGCAGUACCCAUCAUGCGACUCCAGAAGCGGGGGUUUGCUGGGAAUCAUAGUUUUACUUUCCCAACUCUCCGUUUUUUUUACAACAAUGCUGAAGAAUGUUGAAACUCAGCAUCCCAUAGAACACUGCUAUCAUAUCCUCCUCCCAUGUGACUUCAUGUGUUUAUAGAUGCAACAUUUUAGCUUUUACUAAUUUGUCAGCUAGCUAUCUCUCAUAUGAUAAAAAGCUAUUUGCAAGACAUUUAAGGGAGCACAAAAAAAGUAUUAAGUGGAACGGUUGCUGGAAUAGCUACUGUCGUGCCUCUUGUUCAUGCGUUGAGAAGUGACAACGUUAGCUAGUUCCCCAGCUAAAAACAGGCGAGCUAGCUUGUGUUUGUGUGUUUUUUUUAAUGGACCCGCCUGUGAGACCGCUAACGUUAUCUAGCUAGCCAAAAUAAGCAUAUUGAAGCCUAAUGAUUGGAAUUUAGGAGAAGGAAUUGCAAGGCACUUCAUCUUCUUACAGCGAUGGAGGAAGUUGAUAAGAUUUUAAUUCACUCCCUUAGACAGACCGGCACGGACGUGGGGGAGGAUGUACAGAGUGUGAAGCGCUUCUCCAGUGAGUUCAUAGUGGAGGCGGUAGUGAAAUGUCUGCGAGUGAUCGACCCGGCCCUGGGGGGCAGCCUGUCCCACUCCUUACCCCCCGGCAUGUCUGCCCGCUUCCGAGUGGGCAUGAGCCUGGCACAGGCCUGUCAGGACCUUGGCUACAAGGGAGAGAUUGGCUACCAGACCUUUCUUUACAGCAAUGAGCCAGAGAUCCGCUCCCUGCUCAUGUUCCUGGUGGAGAAGCUGCCCAGAGAAAGUGCUGAGGCCUUGGACCAACCAGCAGGUAAAUCGGUCCUCCUCCAGAAAUUGAUAGCUACCCAGAUCAAAGCUCAGCUGGCCUUGCCUUGGCUCCCUCCAUCUUGCAGACUACCCCUCCUAUGUAAAACACAGAACCCAGGACCGUCCCACAGUUUCCACUCUCAGCCCCUUAGUUUACUGCACUGCCUCAAAGUGCCUGGGAAAAAGCAGUUGAAAGAGGAAAAGGACUACCACAGGGAAUUUCUUCCCCCUGUGACUGCUCAGCCGUCGCAGCAUGCCUCAGUGCCGGCAUCCCUGCUGGAGAUGCAUGCAGGGGAGCUUAGUGCUGCCCAGGAGUGGGAAAAUGAGUGGAACAGCCAAGGCCUCCUUUCCCGCCUCACUCCUGAGGAAUAUCGCUCCAGGAAGCGUGUCCGUCUGCAGAAGCGGAUCGAAGAGCAGCUGCGCACUGCUGCCCAGCCUCACUCGGACACCCUCGGUGCCCACAGGUCGGGCUCUGAUCUCGCAGAGCUACUGCAGUCCUUCGGGGGCUCCUCCCUCGGUGGUGACAUCCUCGCCAAGGGCUCCCGCUUCACUCACACUGAGAAAUUCACUUUCACACAGGAGCCUGCAAAAGCCUCCCAGCAGAUGGCAGCAGCGGCCAGCCCCCUUCCCAGCUCGCAUCAGUCGGAAGAGGAACUGCAGGCCCGACAGCAGGAGGAGCUGGCCUCCCUGCAGCAGCAGCUACAGCAGCUCACCCUCAGCCUAGAGGAGGUGGGCGGAGACAUGAAGCAGCUCACCGUAUCCGUACUUCAGGUGUCAGAUGAGCUGAAGCAGAAAGAGCUGAGCAAGGCGGAGAAGGAGGACUCUGUGCGGGUGAAGAAGCAGACCAUUGACCUGAUGCCGGAUGCAGAGAACAACCUGGCCAAGCUGCAGGCCCUGGUGGAGGGAAGUGCCAAGCGAGUGGUCAACCUUGCCGUGCAGUGGGAGAAACGCAGAGCUCCGCUCAUCGAUGAGCACCGCAGGCUCAAGGAGCUCUGCAGCAACCAAGAGAUUGAGUCCUCCAGAAAGCUAGUUGAAAUCAAAGAGCUUCACAACAAAAUCCGCCAAUCUGCGGAGGAGUCCAAGAUGAAGGAGGCACUGUAUAAACAACUGAUAACAGAGUUUGAGAAUCUCCCCAAAGAUGUCUCCCGCUCAGCGUACACUGCAAGGAUUCUGGAGAUCGUUGGCAAUAUCAGGAAACAGAAGGAAGAAAUUACAAAGAUUCUGUCUGACACUAAGGAGCUGCAGAAAGAGAUUAACAAUCUGACUGGAAAACUGGACCGAACUUUCGCUGUGACUGAUGAGCUGGUCUUCAAGGAUGCGAAGAAAGACGAAUCUGUCCGCAAAUCCUACAAGUACCUGGCAGCCUUGCAUGAGAACUGCACUCAGUUGAUCCAAACUAUUGAGGACACAGGCACAAUCAUGAGAGAGAUCAGAGACCUGGAGGAGCAGAUUGAAACUGAAAAUGGUAAGAAGACUGUAAGCAACCUGGAGAAGAUCCUGGAGGACUACAAAGCAAUUCGCCAGGAGAACUUUGCUCUGGCUGCCAAGAUCAGAGAGGCCUGAUGUGACCCUCCGCAUGCUGCACCGUAGUGGGCGCCUAACGUGUCUGCUGGUCAAACUGACUGGUAGCAUGCCCUCGAGACUGCCUGUCCUGUGUGUGUGUGUGUGUGUGUGUGGAACCAAGAAAGCACACUCCAUCUGGUCUCAAGACUUUCAACGCUGUCCUUUGUCCACUGUCUUGUUGCAUUGCCUUCUGGGAGCACUGAUGGCAUAUGGGGAAGGGGAGAUAGAUUUUUGUACCAUUUUUAAUGCACAAACUUUGGCUUACCAAAAAACCAUGCUGGAUAAAGAAAAGAAGUGUGAUGUGUAACAACACAGUGAUGAAUUAUACUGGCCUUGCAUCCCUGGUGUCUAUACACUGGUUCCAUAUUGAUUCCACCCAAUCAAAAAAUACGUUUGGAAAAUGAUGUUCUGACUUUUUCUGUUAUAAAUUUGUAGUAGUUCUUCAAAAUUGCAGUAGUUCUGAUAGAUCAAUCAAGUGAAUGUCUUAAUGAUCUACUUUGAAAUUCACUGCAAUUCCCAAGAACAAUGCAGUGGUUAGGUACGGCCUAAGAUUCCAUUCAUGCCAUAUUUUGUCUUAACUGGAGUUGAUUUGGAGAUUACUAGGUUUGUCCUUUUCUAGUUCAUUCUCAUGCCUUGAAAUCAAAUGCUGCUUUUGUCUGUCAUUGGCUCAGUGUUAUUUGGAUUAGGGAGCCUUGGUGCAAAGGAAAUGGUUUACCUCUUGAGCACUGAUCUCCUGAAAUGGUCUAGAUUAGGUAACAAACCAUAUUGAUUGAUGUAAUGAAUCAUGCGAAACUUGUAUAAAAACAAUACAAAAUGUUUGUCAGAGCAGAAAAUGAACAUGUUAAGGACGUGCUGUUGCUUUCUUUCACAUGUUUAUUUUUGAAAUGCUGAAAGGUCGUUCGUAUGUUGUCCUUUUUUAUUUUUGCUUGAUCCUGGAGGGGAUGCCUGUUGAACUGGCUCUCAAGCCGCGUUUAUACCUGGUGCUAACAUGCGCCCUUUGUCCUAAUCUGAAAAUUUAAAUGCAAUAUGCAACAAUUUCAAAAUGUAAUAUCAGUCAAUUACAAUGUAUUAAUUAGGCCCUGAUCUAUGAAUUUCACAUGACUGGGAAUACAAAUAUGCCUCUGUUGGUCACAGAUACCUUUUUAAAAAGGUGGCACAACAACGGGCCUCAGGAUCUCAUCACAGUAUCUCUGUAUUCAAAUUGCCAUCGAUAAAAUUUAAUUGUGUUCA